AUGGAUCAUAAGACGGGACAAAGAGAACCGCUGUUACCUUGGGCCACUGAACACAAACAAGAGAAAGGUCAGCCAAAGCCACCCAGUGCCACUCUGGCCCGUGUCGAACUGCAAAGCGAAACUAAAGCGUUAAGCAGGGCAGACAGGUACUUUGUGUUGGAUCCAGAGUUGGGACAGCUGCAGUACUUUGUCAACGAGCAGGGGAAGAGCCAGAAGCCUCGCGGGUCCCUUCCUCUAAUCGGUGCAUCGGUAACCCCGAGCGAUGAAGCUCCGCACAUGUUCGUUGUCAAUUCUGUCAAUGGAGAGCUGUACAAACUCAGAGCCUCCGACGCCAAGGAGCAGCAGUUUUGGAUCCAUCAGCUCCAAGCGUGUGCCAGGCGUCACUCUGACAGCAGUGCCAAGGUGAGGAAGCUGAAGGGCUCCGAUGAACACUUGAGUGUGGAGAGAGCAGGAGGAGGCCAGGAGCUGCUGGGCUCCUCAACCUCUGGUCGGACCCGUAGCUUCUCCCUCCUCCCCCACCUAACCCCAUCUUCAUCCCCGGGUUCUCAGAGGCAUCUGAGCCACGCCGCCUCACCCGGCAACAUCGUAACCAUCACCCACCACAAAUCUCCGGCUGCAGCUCGGCGGGCCAAGAGUCUGUACCCGGAACGGCUGCUGGAGGUCAAAGAGGUGAUGUCCCAAGCAGAGGGCCAGCAGAAGAACCUGGUCCAGACCAUAGACUCUCUCCCCCCCCGGGGGCCUCUCUCCUGUCUGGACCAGGACCUGCUGCUGCUCAAAGCCACGUCAGCCGCCACACUCAGCUGCCUGGGAGAGUGCCUGAACAUCCUCCAAAAGACCCAGAGCCACAGCCAGCCACCGCCUCAGUCCCAGUGCGACUACGCCGGCCACGGAGCCCCCUCCGAUGUUGCUCCUGUGUGGACUGUACCAAAGUCACCCUCAGGGGAGCAGUUGAAGAACGGCGGUCUGAUGCCUCUACGAUCAGCCGAGCCCUCUCCGGCCUUCAGGAAAAGGAGCCUGUCCCAUGGUGCUGAG